GCCAAAGUGCGGGCGCUGCGAGUUUUUGCUGAGCAGAUUACUGCGGUCACGUUGUACACACUGCCUUUCGUGACGUCUCACUGACUUUUGGUGUUACGUACAAGUUCUCCGUGGAUCUGAAAGUGUGAUUGAAGAAGAAAAGUGCUGAGUACAUGAAAGCGUGUGGAUCAAAUGAGACUUGUUGCUCUCGACGGGUGAUUCGAUUCUUGGAGCGGGCUGGCUGGCUGUGAGUAACUGAGGCAGCCACUUGAUUACGCCUUUCCGUAGUUUCAUCCCACAGCAACAACGGACGAAGACGCACGCUGUACUUCCUCCUACACAAGGCGCACCGGCGCGCCACCACUGAGAUCGAGUCCCGACACCGACCGAUCUCGCCGAAGUCGCAGUCCAGGGGUUCGUCAAGGGACACCCCCAGUGUCUUUCGUCAUGACACUCGAGAAAGAGUUCCCACCACGGCGUCCUUCUCCAACGCGGAGUGUCGGUACAGGGCCCCGACGAUCUGUCACGUCGAGCCAGGCCAAAGUGAUAACCGACAUCGAGACUUUCCUGAGUGGCGGAGGUUGCAGCGUCACCGCUGGGACGAGGACUCCCACGACCCAGCAGCAACGCAGUCCCAACCACAGCGUCAGGAGAAAGCCUCGGUCGUCCCCACACCGGUACCACGGCAGUCACAGCAACGGCUGCGCCUCCGCGUCGGCCUCUCCCCAGAAGGAUGCCAGCUGCGUGAGCAGGUCCCAAUCCAUGCGUACAGCCCGUCGACCGCAAUCCCUCGACCAUCGCUUCAGACAGCGGAUCGCCAGUAUCCCAGGCGAUAUGCUCAUGGUGAACCAAGACAUCCCACUGGGAUGCAAUGACUCACAAGGAUCUUCAAACAAUUCCUUACCCAGCGAUGAAGGUGGAGACGUUCUCAGGCUACGAAAUUUCGCAGUCACCUCCAAAGGCGUUGUCAAUAGAGGCGAUUCCUUCCGUUCCAAGUCACGCAGCACACACAGCGUCGCUUCCAAUGGAAGUGGCAACAAACUGAUCGUCCCAGCAUCCCAAGAUGAAGCCGAAUCCCCAGUCGAAAAAACGUAUGCCUGUGCUACACUCGAUGAUGCCGGUCAUGUCGUCAGCUCUGUACAGCACCUGGGUGCAGCAGUGGGCGACACAGUCAGACCCGAUGGUGCGUGUCCAGAGGAAGCCAUCCCUCUGACAGCCUCACUGCCACCCGAGGUGGUGGUUACCAGGACAGGCGAUACGGAACUGGCACGGUACAGGGUACUCGUACUCGGUUCCAUGGAAGUGGGGAAGACAUCGCUUACCAGGCAGUUCAUGACUUCUGAGUACAUCUGUGCUUACGACAGCUCCCUCGAUGAAGAAAAUGAGAAAACAGUAAUGGUCGUCCUGAACGGAGAAGAGUCUGAAUUAGUAUUCAUCGAACACCCAAGUGUAGAGGAUCUGAAAAAUCCAGUGUCCACAUACAACCCGGACGCGUACCUGGUCGUGUACAACGUGGCAAGUCGGAGCAGUUGGCAGGCAGCUAAAGAGUACCUUUCCAUCAUACACCGGUGGGACAAUGCUGAACACAAAGCCAUCAUACUCGUUGGGAACAAGACGGACCUAGUCAGGCUGCGGACGGUAUCAACAGAAGAUGGUCGUUCCUUGGCAACACACGAGGCCGUCAAGUUCAUCGAGACGUCUGCGGGAAUCAACCAUCACGUGGACGAGCUUCUCGCGGGCCUGUUGCACCAGAUCCGCCUGAAGCACCUGCACAUCGAAAAAGAGCGCAAAAGGCGAGACUCUGUCAAAAUUCGUGGUCGUAAUACUACGUGUGCCUCUUCCUUCUCGGGAUGCAAAGCUAAGGUGAUCCUCAAGCGAUUUCUGCGAAAGGCCUGCUCGCGCUCGCGUUCGUGCGACGAUUUGCACGUGCUGUGAAACAAAAAACAAAACAAACAAAAAAGAAACACACACACACACACAGGGUGUUGCUUCCCAACACAGAAGCAGGACUUCUUUUUGAAGGAAACAAAGACAUGAAUGUACAUGAAUGUGAAACUUUCACGACGUGUUUAUUUAUGUACAUUGAGCUGCGCGUGUCCCUUGUCCCUCGAGAUAGCGUCAACAAAGACGUUCUCGAAUGAUGUGAGUGUUUGGAAUGGUUGCGUUCUCUGGGGGGUUCAUCAGUGAUUCUCUUUUAUAAACGUUCUAUCUAUCUAUACAACCAGCUUUAUCGACUGCAGGACAGUGUAUAGCAUCAUGCGGCGCAUGCAAGCUGCUCUUGUGACGACGGUCAUAUCGCCGUCACAUUUUCUGGUUGCGUCUCCGGCAGUGUGCUUUCCUUAUGUUUGUCUCUCAGUAAUGUGUUAUGGAGUGUCGUGUUCGCUACAUUGUUGCAAUAUUUAAUAAACUCUGGGGAUCCAUUAUUCGGAUAGCAGAAUGUGUACUACUCGAAUCUUCGAUGGCUGCGCCCCACAUACGAUCGGCCAUUUCCGAGAUAAUUUCAACGACGCUCGAAUGAAACAUUUAAACAAAUUUCCUCUUUGAGAUUAUGGAAGAAUAAGAAGGGCAUUUUCCCGUUCUUUUUCUUUUUUUUUCGUUUUUUUUUCUCUACUUGAGGUACAUCCAAUGUUCACAAAUUCCUAAACAUGCUUUUCGCACUCAGCGUAGCGAAAACUGCACGCCUUAUUUCCUGACAGAAAUGUUCGUGAUGCCAAUGUGUAAAUUGGGGUGUUUCACCAGUGUUGUUACUCUCAAGUGCAGAGCUCAGUCUGUCACUGGCGUGUCCUCAUAAUAUCGCGUUAAGAAAACGCGUUAAGUGCACGUGCCUUGAUGUAUAUACAUAUCUGAACGUCCCCUCUUUGUUGUUACAGAGGUGGCGCUGUCUUUUAUCUUUUGGAUGUCGUUUGGAAUAGUUCUUAUAUGUUCCCUGAACUGUAUAUGGCCUAUGCACGUACUGUCUGAUGGCUACAUAACUUCAAUGUGCCAAAUGCUUAGAAAAAUUAUGCAGGAUACAUCUGUGGAAGUAUAUUUCUGGAGAGCUGCGUGUAAUAUUAAAAUGCCUCAAAGGUGGUAUUAGUGCGUGAUGGUUUCUUACGAUUGCGGUGUUCAAUCAAUAUUCUUCGAUGUUGUGGAAGAGUUUGUAUGUCUUUGUAAAUGGAGUAAUAUCUGCGUCAAGUGCCUGUGAUAGUUCGCGUUUGCACAUAGAUAUCGUGAGACCUGUGUCCACCUUUGAAGUGACUACGAUCGACUUUCACAAAAGUGCGCUUUUAUCCUCUCGUCAAUAUUUGACGUCUAUUUGACCUUCGAACGUAUUUGCGUUGAUAAAGCAACUGCCUGAGUAUUCGUUUUACGUCUAACACGGUUUUCGCUGUAUAGCAAACUGCGACAAAUGGGAUCAAACUAGGAACAUACAGAAACAAAAUGAGCUUUGCCAAACAUUAGCAGGAACAUAUCACAAUACUCCCAUGCUCGCCGUAGUAUUUGUCAAGCGCGCUUUGCUAUUCUUUGUACACCUAUCUCUCUCUCUCUCUCUCUCUCUCUCUUUACGCACAAUUCAAUUAACUUCCUUGUACACACAGAUGAAUUCCUAUUUGCCCAUUGAAAUUGUAGCUUCAACGGAAUAGAAAGAUAUAACUUGUUUCAAUACCCUGCGGAUGAAACCACUGAACUGGAGUAGUUGUUUAUUUUUAACGAAUCGGACGUACUUUGUCGUGAAAAUACAUACGUAUGUAAAGAAUAUAUCUCGAAAGAAAGUGUAAUUUUUUGCCAACUGUCAUCAUCAAAACCGUCCCGGGUAAAUGUUUCCGCCACAGUCCUUAAUUUCCUUUUGCGCACACACACAUUCUACGCGAAUCAUUGAUUUCGUUUCAAAGAGGCUAGCUAUAUCUGGAAUUUCAGAAGCACCACUGCUUUUGUCAUUGUAAAUGAACCGUAAAAUGGUUUCCUUUUUAGUUCUGUUGCGCGAAAUGUGUCCAGGCAGCGAAGGAGAUUUAAUUUCAUUUUUAAUUUGAAGUAUUCUUAAGAGAUAGCAUCAUGUGCGCUGUUGUCCGUGGAUAUUAAGGCAGUGCGAGACGUCGUCUCGCUCAAAUUUCGUUAUCUUCUCUAAUUCGGGUAGAAGCCAGAAACUACAGAACAAACUGCCUUGGUGUCGAAUCAGUUGAGCUACCAUGAUGAUUUCAUAAUUUUGGGAUUUUCAUGUAACGCUGUAGCGUAAGCGGCGGAUACACAGGGUCAUCUGGGUCACAAAUUUUCGGUGAUGGUAUUUUAGGGGGCUGAAAGAGAUCGGCAGAAAGAGAAAGAAACGGUAAUUAGUGCCUUUGUACCGUUCUCUAAGGUACUUUAUUGAUUAUUUACAACGAGAUCCGAAUACAUAUCAAGAAAACGACAUCAGAAAUGCACUUCACUUCUGAAUUGUGACGUAGCUGAUCGCAGCUGCAGUGAUAGUGAAAUUAUUAUCGCGAUGUAGUUCAUACUAUGCUUACUGUCUGAGCUAUGUGCACGUUAUACAGUAAUUACUAAAAUUCGCAAUUUUCUUUUACUUUUUGAAGGACGGGUUUACUUUAAACCACGACAAAAACGCAUAGAAUAUUGUUUAGAACGUUAGAAUAUUGUGAAAGGAUUAGUGCACGUCUUCGGGUUUCGGCUGAAACCCGUUCUGUACAUACCCUUGUGCCUUCUAAAUCUGUGUUCCGCAACGAGACGCUGCACAAGCCCAGAAAGUGCGAUGGGAAAUCCGGAUACUCACGUUACCUGCUGUUAAAUUUUAGUCGCAAAGAAUUUGAUAUUAUUAGCGUAAUGACGACAUCAAGGUAACCCUCAACCGUUGUAUUGUUAUCUUUCAGGCGGAGCGUUGCUGAUAAUGUAACUCCUCUGUCCUCCUAUAUUGGUUUUCCUAAGAACUACCGUGUGAUUGCGGCAGCGGGAUGCGUGAGCUACCGGAUGGCUUCAUAGAUCAUGACCAGAGAAUAAUUCAUCUAAAGGAGCACUACAUUGAAAAAAUGUGUGUCUUUUUGAAUGGGUGGCUCUCUCCCGGGAUUCGCAUCGUGUCGAAUUGUCACGGCACUCCAGAAUUAAGGGCCAAUCCAUGUAGGACAUAACAGGCUACCAAUUGACAGGCGGACGGUGACAGUGUGUUGAAGAAUCGUCAGUAGUUGUAACAAAAAUACGAGAGCUUCGAAAAACACUGACGUCACCAAAAAUGAAGACACCUACUAAGACCCCUAAAUAAGCGCGAACUAAACAUCGUCCGCGCGUAGGUCACCGUCCAUUGUUUUUGCUAUUCAUUGAUUUAUUUGCGAAAAUUAGGAUUUCGCAUUCGGCAUAUUCAGUUGUGCUUAUGAAGUAAAAUAUAGAAAACUGUUAGGCGAAUGUGCCUUCGUCAGCACUGAUCUGUGUUUCUCCAACGCUCCCCAAAACGAUGGGAAAUUAUUUGAUAUCGCCUGUUGUGAAAUAUUUUAUUUAUUUCUUUAUUGAAAUAAAUUCUAUCAAAUAUGGGAACGUUGAUAGGAUAUGCCAAGUGCCCGCACAACGGGCGUUAAGGGGGUUUCACGUCAUGAAGGUAUAUAGUGGUAAAGGAAUUUUACAUAAUGAAAACAUCAUUUUCAGAAGUUACGAAAGGCUUUUCUAUAGAGUAUCGCCCGUGGCGAUGAAACUCCCCAUUCAUCAUCUUGUAAUAAAGUUGUUGUUGGUUUCCUAUAUAUCCUUACUCGGGGGGGGGGGGGGAUAUAUGUUUAUUAAGAAAAAAAAAAAGAAAGGAAAGGUUAGCCAGGCAAAGAGCCGACUUACUCGGGUUACAUGCAGAAAGUACGUUCAAUUAGACCGGCUGUACGGUGUCCCGACUUGCUUAACGUUAUUCGCUGUCGUCGUUACCGUGUUCAUUUGAUGUAUGAGUGUACAACGGACAUUUCUUCGAGAUGUUUUCUGAAAAUCGAUUUCCCUCUGGUCUGGUCACACAACGCGUCUGCACUCAGUGUUUUGCACAUCUUCGUUCUCAUGAGUUUGUUACCUUACUUCUUGAUUACACUGACAUCUUGAGGCAACUUUUUCUCAGUAAGAUUCUGAGCGGUAAAUGUGGCCCAUGUUUCAAGCACUUGAGACUCGGCUGUUGACUAGUGUCCUAUGAAUACGCUUGUGUAAUUAUGGAAAAAUAAACGUGUAUACACAGUU